AUGGUUUAAAAGGUCAUGACUUUCGUAGGGUAACGAAAAAAAUGGUUAUGCUAGAAAAUGGUAAUGAAAUUGAUGUUAAUGUUAAUUCACAAAUAAAUAUUGUAGCUGAGACAAAUGAUGAAACAAACGAAAUUGGAACAAUUAAAAGAA